AUGCCGGCCACACGCGUCACAAUCGCUUCAAACGCAAAGCAGUCUCAAAAGGCUCCGCUACUCAUUCCUGCAUCUGCUACCACUGACCCAGCCGCUGCGAGUUCGAUCCGAGAGUUUGUGUUCAAGGCCGCCCAGUCCAAACUUCGCUUGAAGAAGCCCACGAGAAUCUAUGUUUCACCAACAGGACAAGAGCUGCUUACCGAAGAAGACUGGAAGAACAACAUCAAAGAUGACGUGAUACUGUUGAUCUCUGCUGGAGAAGAAUAUGUGGGUGCAAAGAAGGGUUCAAGCUCACAUGUAGACGCAAACCCCGAUUGUCCCGUCGAGGUUCUGGCAUCCAAGGCACCCGUCGAGUCGCUCUCUGUUACUCAGCUCACCACUACCGCCCACACGCUUCCAGGCAUCGUGUACGCCGUAGGCCAGCCGGAUUUGCAUCCAGGAACCAAAUUUCCGAUUGGAGCCGUCUUCGCGUCACGGAAAUGGAUCCAUCCGCCUUUGAUCGGGUCAGACAUUGGCUGUGGAAUGGCCUGGUAUAAGACUACUUUACCACGAAGCCAGGUCGACGGCGACAAAGGUAGGAAAGUGGCCGAGAAACUGCGCGGCUUAGAGGGAGCAUGGCGAACGCAGGCGCAACGAGAAGUCUGGUUGAGAAAUCACGACGGUAGCUGCUCGGCAGGCGAACAAUGGGACAGCGCACUCGGGACGAUUGGUGCGGGUAACCACUUCGCGGAGAUCCAGGUGGUGGAAAAGUCGUCUCUCGUCGAGGACAACGAACUAGGGCUGCGUCAAGACGACGUGAUACUCCUAGUUCAUUCCGGAUCUCGAGGUUAUGGCGGCAGCAUCCUGAGGAAGUACACGACCGAUUCGCAUACCAGUUUUGAAGAAGGUAGCCCCGAGGCGACCGAGUACAUGAAGGAGCACGACAAAGCCUGUCAGUGGGCUCAAGCAAAUCGGGACCUUAUUGCGCUGCGCUUUCUAGCCUGUCUGGAGCCUGGCAACGAGAAUUGGCAGCUAGGUAGCUCCACGGCCGAAGACACUGACGAUGUUGAUGUUGCGACGGUUGAGCAGACCAAGAAGACACUGGGUAAGCGCAAAGUGGUCGAUAUCUGGCACAAUAACGUCGAGCGUGUCGAUUGGCCGCCUGCGUCGCCGUCAUCUACCAAGGAAGAGGAAGACUCAUUAUCCACGUUAGCAGACGCAACAACCAAGUUGACAUUCAACGAUGACACGCUUCAGCAGGAGUAUGUCUAUAUCCACCGAAAGGGCGCCGCGCCAACCUACAAUCCCAAUACCCAACUACCACUGCAUCUCCUACCUCUUCCAGGCUCCCGUGGCACUCCGACAUUGAUUCUCAAACCAACCUUCUCGGCAUCCACGUCCUGGGGUCUCCUCAACGCACUCUCGCUUGCCCACGGCGCUGGACGAGCCAUGUCUCGCGCAAAGGCCCUGUCCUCAUUGUCUCAAAAGUACAAGGGCCAAAAUAUUCUGGAGCCACGAGCAGCGGAUGUCGAGGGUACUUGGGUCAUCUGCGACGAAAAAGAUCUUGUCUUCGAAGAAGCCCCGGAUGCGUACAAGGAUGUCGAAGCUGUUGGCCAAGACUUGGUGGAUGCUGGUGUCGCCAGCAUUGUUGGGUGGUGUAGAGCGCGAGUGAGCUACAAAGUGAGGAACGAGGCACGCUAA